UGAAAAAAUAUGUCCAGAACAUUUGAUAACACUUUUUUGACAUGAUUGACAAGAACUUUUAAUAUUUUUUUAAGUUAUGACUUUAAAUGAUUUGUAAAUGUGUGUGUUUAUACUCGAUUGACCCCGGUUCUACGUUUUUUGUUUUUGUAGAUAGAAUUUUAUUAAAUUGCAAUUUUUUUACUCAAACAAAUAAAGUAAUAAUCAGUUAAGGUAUAUAGUUAAUUGUUGUACAAUUCAAUUCAAUUCGUAUAUACAAAAAAUGGCUUCUUACACCCAAUUUGGUUACGGCUAUCCGUCGGCAAAUCAGUUACUAAGUGCAAGUGGGCAAACUCCAUCUGGAAGCGCUCAGUCGCCUGUGCCUGGGAACAGUGGAACUACUUCGUCGGGUACACUCGUUGGAAAUGCAAAUAAUGGUGGGCCUUCGAUAAGUCCUGGAUGCGGUUCAGCAACAGGUGUUCAAAGCGGGGCAAUAAGUCCUGGUGCUCAAUCACAAACAUCAAAUGCUGCAGCACCAGUACAAUCGUGUUGCGAAAACGGGAGACCAAUUAUGACAGAUCCUGUUUCCGGACAAACAGUUUGUUCGUGUCAAUAUGACUCUGCAAGAUUGGCUUUGUCUGGUUACUCUCGCAUACCAGCGACUGGAGUUAGCGUUUAUGGAACACCAUAUCCAUCUACGGAUCAAAAUCCAUAUCCAUCUAUUGGUGUAGAUAGUUCAGCUUUUUAUUCUCCAUUGAGUAAUCCAUAUGGUUUAAAAGAUAGCGGACCACCUGGUACUGAUAUGGGUGCUUGGACAUCAGCUGGACUUCAACCUACGACAGGAUAUUAUCCAUAUGAUCCAGCGUUAGCUGCCUAUGGAUAUGGUGCCGGAUAUGAUUUGGCCGCACGUCGAAAAAAUGCGACACGUGAAUCGACAGCAACUCUCAAAGCGUGGCUAAAUGAACACAAAAAAAAUCCUUAUCCAACAAAGGGCGAGAAGAUUAUGCUUGCAAUUAUUACCAAAAUGACAUUAACUCAAGUUUCAACUUGGUUUGCAAAUGCGCGACGACGACUCAAAAAGGAAAAUAAAAUGACAUGGGAACCAAAAAAUAAAACCGAUGAUGAUGAUGACGCAAUGGUAUCCGACGACGAAAAGGAUAAAGAGGAUUCAGACUUGGAUAAAAGCCGUGAGCACAAAGAAUUGCAUCGUGUGAAAUCUGAACACUGUAAAGAUGAAGAUGAUGAUGAUAUCACUGAUGACGAACGUAAAGUAGAACAAAUAAUUGGACAUCCAGGCCCAAUGCAAUCUGUAAACUAUCACAGAGGUCAACAUCACUUACACCAUCCGCCAUAUCAUCAUCAUCAUGCAAUGUUAAGUGCAUGGAGCGCCAGUGGAGGAAUUAAAGAAGAAAUGGUACCUGGUUCAAAAAACCAAACAAGCAGCGACUGUGGCAUCCCCCUUCCAGCAUCGAAGCCGAAAAUAUGGAGCUUAGCUGCCACCGCCGCUUCCAAAACACCUCCUCCAAUAGUACAAUCUCAACACGGCGCCUGGAUAAAUCCAUAUCACCACUCUCAUACGCAUCCCCACAGUUCGCACAAUCCUCAUUCACAUCAAAGUGGCGAUCUUUCUUCAAUGAUGAUGGGCAAUUCACCGACAAAUCCUAUCGGCAAUACCGUACUCCAAGUGAGCGGAUCGAAUACAAUUCAGAGUUCCACCAGUCAUCUGCACAAUACUCAACAGCACCAAGUUUCGAAUCCGCAAGCAAUGACCGGAAAUUAUGCCAACAAUCCUUAUUCGCGGUACACGGGGUUUCUAACAUACAAUACGACCAAUACAAUACCUCACCAUACGAACAAUACAAAUACGCAUCAAAUGCAUCCCACGCUCAGCAAUUCCAACAAGAACAGCAAUACCAAUUCGACCAACUCCAACUCAAAUAUUCAAAACCUGACAACACCACAACAACAGCUACAACAGUCGAUGGGGUUUCAAGAAGCCCAAACAGAUUUUGGAAGCCAAAUCAGUUUGACGUCCCUUAGAAAUCAAAAUGAUUUGACAUCAUUACGACAAAUCGCUUUAACGCCACCACAAACACCGCCAAAUCUGAAAAGUAAUGUAACGCACUGGAAUGAUAAUGUGAACAAUAAUCAAAAUAGUAACCAGAAUGGUGGCUACCCAGAUAGUGCGGCUUUUAAACCAUUUUUUAAAAGUGGCCAAAUGAAUAAUGGAUUUGUUGCACCGGUUUGAAGUUGCAGUUCGAUAAGUAAGAUAUAAAAAUAUAGUAACUUUUUGUGAAACCAAUCUGAUCGAAAUCAAACACACAUCAUAUUCAAAAAGGAGAGGGAUAAAUCAAAUUGUUACAACGAGUUUACCGGGUGAAUACGUCGUGUGCACUUCGAGACUAAACAACAUUAACUGAUUAAAAUGCUUCACGAGCAAUAGCUGCGAAAGAAUUUGGAAACUACCUACAAAAAACUGCUUAUAAAUUUAACUUUCAAUUUAUUUAAUUUCAUUUCAGAAGUAGAUUUUAUUUUAUUAGUUUUAGUGUCAAUGCAAGAAUUAGUUCAUGACUCCAUAAAGAAAGUUCUUUUGCCUGUUCAGAGUGAAGCGAUCUUUAUAAUAAUAAUUUAGCUCCUAUAGGAUUUUUCUUUCAAAAAUUAUUUAAUUGAAUUAAAAAUGUGGGUUAGAAAAUUGUAUACAGCAUUUAUAAUGUUACGAUAUUUUUCAUUCGAAGCAUAUUGGGAAACCAUGAUUGAUUCAACAAAAUAUAAAACAAAACACGAGUUAAAAGAAAAACAAGGGAAAGAUUUCAAGACUAUUUAAAUGUACAAUCGAAAAACUAUACCAUAAAAUCAUAAACAGUAAAAUGACAAUUUGAUCCUUACAAGCUCAAGAAUACGCGUCUAUUGUAUGCAGUAGGCUAGUAAUUUUUUUCAUAUUUGACUUUUUUGGACAAUCCGACAUUUUUAGAAGUUCCAAUUCAGAAAAUCGAUCGUGAACCACGACUUUUCGGAAUUACUACAAACAGCGACUGUAAUUUCGAAUUAUUGCAUUGCAAAAAAAAAGUCAAAUAUGAACAAAAUUUUACUAGCUCAGUGUACAGCGUUGAAAACAACUGGAUGUCACAUACAUCUGCGCGACAAUAUCUUUAAGAUACAUUUUCGAAACAAAAAUAUUUCAAACCACAGAAGUGAUUUUUAAAGAUUUAAGAGUUGUUACAAUCACUCUUAUUGUACAAGUAGACUGCUAUAAACGCGAAAACGCAUCAAAAUAUCUGCUAUUUCAGCAGCGUAUUAAUAAAUAUCCAGCGAAAUCCAAUAGUUAAGUUAUAAAAGUUUAGACUGGUUUUUUCAUAUUUUUAAUUUCUCAAAACAAAUAUCUUCAUCAAAGCUUCGCACGUCUAAACAAUUUAAACAUAUUGAAUUUCUUUGAACGGUUUAAACUCUACCCAAACAAUUUAAUUGAAUUAAACUAUGAAAAAGUGACAGUUGUAAAAUACAUUGAAACAUUGUAAGUAAUCAGUUUACCGCUAGAAAGAUGUAUUAUUAAUGACUGAAAAUGCUUCAAAAUAGGCUUAAUUUCCAGAAAAAAGGUGGAUCAAUAUCAAUCAUUCUCGCAAAGACAAAAUGUCUUAUUUUGUUACAAAUGUACGCAAAACGUUUUUCACAUACAUAUAUGUACAUGUAUUUGCAACAAAUUAGGAGCUUAAUUCAUAUAAUAUCUGAAAUUCCUUUUUAUUUAAAUUUUCAAAGAAUUAGUAACAUUGGCAGGAUGCACUCAUUUUCGCUAAUUCAAUAAUACAGAAUAAAUUCCAGAUAAUGCAUUGAGAUGACUAUUAAUUUGAACUGAGGCUAAAUAGCACGCUAAAAUGCUUGUGCGACAAAUGUAGACAUUUAAAAUACCAAAAUAGAACUCUACAUUUGUCGGUAAAUAAUAAAAAGACUAAUAGUUGUAUUCACACAAUCGAAAAAACCAAUUUAGCGUGUUAUUUCAUUUCAUUUCAAUAGUCAGUCCAAUAUAUUAUGUGAUUGAUCGCAUAAUACGCUCCAGUAUUAGUGAAUUGUAUUUGCAGAGACGGUAACGAAUAAUUGCGGUAGGAUUGAAGUAGUAAUUUCAAAUCACCAAAUAGGUUAAAGGAUUUUAUCAAGUGACAUUUAAAUGAAGUGUAUUCUGUAGUAGUUUGUUUUGAUUGAAUGUAGAGCAUGAUUAAAGUCAAUAUAAAUUAAAUACAAAGGAUUGGAUUCUUUUAUUUUAAGACCUCAUGAAGACAAGAUGUUGGAGAUACAAUAUACUAAAAACGGGCACGUGCAACAACUACAUUACUAUCUCAAUGAAAAGAACAUUUUCUUCUCUUCCAAAUUAUCUAUAUAAUCUAAGUGAUAAAGUGCUUAAUAUGGUGACUUCCAUUCGGCCGAUUUCAUUCCUGACAGAGUAAAAUUGUAUAAACAUAGGUCUGGAAUGCUUUGCCGUUUCGGAGGCUAAUGAAUAGUUUAGCAAGUUAUUUCCAUUUAAAACCUUUUAACUAAUUGGACACAUAUUUGCAGUUUCUGGUCGGUAAUUCCCAGUGAUGGUUUUUUCCUAUCUGAAUAGCGCUAGCUAUUCGCAGCGUCUGAACAGCAUUGCUGCCCAGAUGCUGAAUCGAAGCGGUUGCCG